UAUAUACUGCUCAAGAGUUUGAGUCUAUAUCCCUCAGUUUCACUUCAAUUCUUUCUUAACACUCUAUGUCCAAAAUCAAGAGUUCCAAAACAUAUAUUAUGGGGUCUUCCAUGUGUGUGCUUUUGAAACUUCUUUUGUUCCAUCUUGUGGCGGUGGCUAGCGCUUUUUCCUCUUUAAAACCGUAUUCUUGCCAUGAUGAGGAGAGGGCCGCCUUGCUGCAAUUCAAGCAGGGCUUUGUUAUUGACGAAUCUGCUUCGGGUAAUUGUGCUUAUCCAAGGGUUUCAUAGUGGAACACGGCUGAAGGAGGAACUAGCAACUGCUGCGCAUGGAGCGGCGUCCAGUGUGAUAAGAGGACGGGUCAUGUGAUCAGCCUUGAUCUUAGUAGCAGUUGUCUCUAUGGAUCUAUCAACUCCAGCAGUAGCCUCUUCCGUCUUGUUCAUCUCCAGAGGCUCAACCUUGGUCACACUAACUUCAAUUACUCCCAAAUUCCUACUACCGUUGGGAACUUUCCACAGCUGACGUACCUCAACUAUCUGCCUCUGUCUUUUUUGGUCAAGUCCCAUCCCAGCUUUCACAGUUGUCCAAGUUAUCAUCCCUUGAUCUAUCUCUCAAUCUGGAUCCCUUUCAUGAUGAAGGAUUGAGUAUUAGAGAAUCCGAUUUGAGAAGCCUCAUUAGAAACUUAACCACCCUAGAAAAGCUUCACCUCAGUUUCAUUGAAUCGAGAACUAUGAACGUAACUAUUCCACAGUUUAGGAGUCUAGGACUGGGUUCAUGCAACCUAAGAGGGUUCCCAGAUUUCCUGAGAUAUCAAGAAAACUUGAAGUGGUUGAGGCUUUCUGGAAACAAAAUAAGUGGCGAAGUACCGAAAUGGAUCUGGAACGCAAGCACAGAAACUUUGAAGUACAUCGACAUGUCAUCCAACAUGCUAUUUGGAGAACUACCUAUACCUCCGCCAAACGUCCAAUACUAUCAAAUUUCAAACAACUACUUAACUGGACAAGUUUCACCAUUGAUUUGCAGUUUGAGUCAGCUUCAGUUGCUUGAUUUGUCGGAUAACAGAUUGAGUGGCACGCUUCCGCAGUGUCUUGGAAACUUUAGUGAUGAUCUGCAAGUUUUAAAUCUCGGAAACAACUUUUUUCAUGGCAUUCUUCCUCAAACAUACACCACGGCUAGCAGAAGCAACCUGAGAAUGAUUGAUGUUAGUCAUAACCAAUUGCAAGGGCAACUACCAAGGUCAUUGGCGAAUUGUGUGAUGCUUGAGUUUAUGGUGCUGUCAAGCAAUGAAUUCAAUGACGUCUUCCCCUUGUGGUUUGGGACUCUCCCAAGGUUAAAAUUUUUAGCCAUGGACCAUAACGAGUUCUAUGAUGUGAUAGGCAAGCCCCAAAAGAAUCUUCAUUUCCUCGAGUUGCGCUUUCUUGAUCUGUCUUACAAUAAUUUCACAGGUGAGUUUCCACUUGAAUACAUUUUCUCUGGGAAUGGCAUGAGAGGCAUCACUCUAAACCAGCCCACAUAUAUGGGGGCAACCAUAUUUGUCUAUGAUUUGCCUGUAAUUGGUAUAGAUGCUCCGUACUCAAGUACAAUAACAAAUAAAGGUGUGGAGAGAUACUUUCAAAAGAUUCGAGAAGACUUUAUGGUCAUUAAUCUCUCAAGCAACAAAUUUGAAGGAAGGAUUCCUGAAUUUAUUGGGAACCUAAAGGGGCUUCGCUCACUCAAUAUGUCCAACAACAUUCUCACUGGUUCCAUCCCAUUAUCAUUGGGGAGCUUAACACAGCUUGAAUCAUUAGACCUCUCACACAACCAUCUCUCAGGAGAGAUCCCUCAACAACUGGGGCAGCUUACCUUCCCUGGAAAAUUUGAUGUCUCUCACAACAAUCUUAGAGGUCCUAUACCACAAGGAAGGCAACUUACUACAUUCGAUAGCACUUCAUAUGAGGGAAACCCUGGAUUGUGUGGAGGUCCAUUGCAAAACAAAUGCGGAGUUACUAAGACCCCUCAACAGCCGCCUUCAAGCGUGGAACAAAAUGAUUCAGGCUCAGCUGGAGCAUUUGAAUUUGAUUGGAAAUUUGUUUUGGCGGGAUUGGGAAGUGGGUUGGUCAUUGGAGUGGUUCUUGCGCACGUCGCAAUCACAAGGAGGAAGGACUUGUUUGUUAAGAUUGUUGGAAUGAUCAGACUGAUGAUAACCAAAAGGGAGAGCUUGGAAUGAAUAAAUUGAGUUUACUUAUUAGGCUUUGCAUCUGCUGUUGUUCUCUGUUUUCUCUGUGUUCUGUGCUUUUUCCCUUCUCCUUCUACCCUUUGUAGAGUCUGUAGUGCAGUCUGCAUUUCUGUUGAUGUUGG